GAGAAGACAUGAAUAUAAAAUUAAUUCUUCCUCUUUUCCCUUCACCAAGUAAGCAUCUGGGAUCAUUAAUUAAAAAUGAAGGAUAUCUACAAGCACGACGAACUCGAAAUCCCUGAAGGUGUUAAGGUUAACAUCAAGUCUCGUGUCAUCACUGUUGAAGGCCCCCGUGGUACUCUCACCAAGAACUUGCGUCACUUGGCUAUUGAAAUCACCGUUGUUGGCAAGAAGAUCAAGUUUGUUGUUCACCACGGUCUUCGUAAGCACGUUGCCUGUAUCCGUACCGUCCGCUCUUUGGUCAACAACAUGAUCACUGGUGUUACCAAGGGUUUCCAAUACAAGAUGCGUUACGUAUAUGCUCACUUUCCCAUCAACGUUAUCAUUAGCGAUGCUGGAGAUGCUGUCGAAAUCCGUAACUUCUUGGGUCAAAAGGUUGCUUUCCACGUCAAGAUGCGUGAAGGUGUCAAGGUCGAAGCCUCCAAGGCUCAAAAGGAUGAACUUCUCUUGACCGGUAACUCCUUGGAAGCUGUCUCUCAAUCCGCUGCCGAUAUUCAACAAUCUUGUCUCGUCAAGAACAAGGAUAUCCGUAAGUUCUUAGAUGGUAUCUACGUCUCUGAACGCAACGUUUUGGAAGCUUAAGUAUGCUUGUUACAAUAAAUCUAAAUGUUUCUGAAAG